CCUCCUCCUCCUCCUCCUCCUCUCCGGCUGCAAACUUCCAGCGAGCGGCACCAGAGGCGACGGGGCGGGCGGGAGCUCAAGGUGGUUGGCAUAGCCCUCCCCAUUUUAACCCUCACGAUAACCCUGCAAGGUGGGAAUAUUGGACAGCUCUGCGGUCAAACCUCGAGUCUCGGCGAUGAAUAUCCUUGCCCCCGUCAGGCGUGACCGCGUCAUUGCCGAACUGCCGUCGUGCUUCACCAAAGGGGCCGCCCUCCAUUCCAGGACCUCCUUCCACCCCAAAGUGGUUGGGAUGUGCCAGUCCCAGAGGACGGGGACUGUGGGGUUUAAAAUUUCCAAGAUCAUCGUAGUCGGUGACCUCUCUGUGGGGAAGACCUGCUUGAUCAACCGCUUUUGCAAAGACACUUUUGACAAGAACUACAAAGCCACCAUUGGGGUGGACUUUGAGAUGGAGCGGUUUGAGGUGCUGGGGGUCCCCUUCAGCCUGCAGCUGUGGGACACGGCCGGCCAGGAACGCUUCAAAUGCAUCGCCUCCACCUACUACCGUGGAGCUCAAGCCAUCAUCAUCGUCUUUGACCUGAACGACGUGGCAUCCCUGGGCCACACCAGGCAGUGGCUGGCUGAUGCCCUGAAGGAGAACGACCCUUCCAGCGCCAUCCUCUUCCUCGUCGGCACCAAGAAGGAUCUCAGUUCUCCAGCGCAGUACAGCCUCAUCGAGAGGGAUGCUCUCAAGGUGGCCAAGGAAAUGGAGGCCGAAUAUUGGGCUGUCUCCUCGCUCACAGGUGAGAACGUGCGGGAGUUCUUUUUCCGGGUGGCAGCGCUGACCUUUGAGGGCAGUGUGAUGGCAGAGCUGGAGAGGAGCAGCGCAAGAAGGAUCGGUGACGUCGUGCGGAUCCACAGUGACGAGCGGGACCUGUACCUGACAGAGAAGCGCCGGAGAGCGAAAUGUUGCCAGUGACAUGGGCCGUACAGAUGGGGGAAAGGAAUUUCACCGGCCUGAACAUUUGCACUGAACUUAUUUCUAUACCAAAGAAAAGUGUUGCUGUUUUUUAAUGUUUUUUUUUGUU